UUAAGCCGCCGCCGACAUAUUUAGUGUCAGUCGCCGCCGCUGUUAAUAUUUGUCGGCGCAGGGCUCUGCCUAUAGUACUGAAUUUUUGAUGGCUGUCUCACAUUGUAGUUUUACAUAUUGUUACGAGAUGUUCAAGUGUUGUAUUAGUUUAAACUAUGUGGCAACAUGCGGCACAAUAAGAUUCAUGUCUGCAUAUCCAAAACAUUUCAUUAACCCAAUUUAUAGUAAAAGUCAACAAAAUGAAAGCAAAGUAGCUGACAAAUAUAAUAAAUUGAUUCAUGUUCCGACCAAGGCAACCAAAAACGACGAAUCCUCAUCGAUUUAUUUUAACGAAAUUGUAAGAAAGAUGGUUAAUUAUAUUACAAAAAAGGGCAACAAAAAACUUGCAAGAACUAUUCUUGAAAAUAGUUUUGAGUGCAUGAAGCGUACACAGAUUGAACGUAUUCAUUUAGGAAAGCAUCAAGGAUGUACAACAAUUGAUCCAUAUUCUUUAAUUGUUCAAGCUAUUGAAAACAGUCGACCUCUUAUGCAAUUGAUGGCAAUUAAAAGGGGUGGUGUGACCUAUUCUGUUCCUGUACCUGUUGCGGAAAAGAGAUCGUAUUUUCUUGCAAUGAAGUGGAUUUUGGAUGCUGCUAAAGAAAAGGAAAGAAACAUACAUUUACCGGAAAAGUUAGCUUGGGAAGUUUUAGAUGCUGCUUACGGACAGGGAAGAGUUAUUAAAAGAAAAAAUGAUUUACACAAACAAUGUGAAAUUAAUAGGGCUUAUGCACAUUACAGAUGGAGUUAAUAUGUUAAAAUAUUCUUUAAUAAAGUGGCUAACGGAUAGAGACCAUA